AUGAGCUUUUUAUGCAAGGCCACCGAUGAGGAUAGAAAGGUAAGAGUCAUUUCAGUUUCAAUGGGAACUGUUGAGGCUGGUAUAGAUGACGACCCUGUGGCAAUUGGUGCUUUUCAUGCAAUGAAGAAAGGGAUACUGACUUCACAGUCUGCAGGCAAUAUGGGUCUUAAAGUUGCUUCUGUGGGCAAAUGUGUAAACACUUUCACAUUAAAUGGAACAAGUUUCCCUCUGAUAUAUGAAAAAGAUGCUGGAACAAAAAAUUGCACUGGAGAAGAUGCUGGAGAUUGUGAAGAAGGCUGCCUUGAUGGCGACUCUGUUAAGGGAAAGAUAGUGCUAUGUGAUUCGUUAGCUGGAGAUAGAGGGGCGUACAAAGCUGGUGCACUUGGUUCAGUUUUGAUGAAUGAAGUAGGAUACAAUGUUUCUCUUGUUCCCUUAGUAGCUUCAACAGCUUUAAUGAGGGAAGAGUAUAAUGUGGUCAGGUCCUACACGAACUCCACUAGAGAUCCUCAAGCAAACAUAUUUAAAAGUGAAGUCACAAAAGAUCCUGAUGCACAUACUGUCGCUUACUUCUCUUCGCGUGGACCGAAUAUAAUUUUACCUGAUAUAACUAAGUUAUAA